AUGUUGCACCUCCCCCAAGGUCCCGCCGAGGGAUACAAGGAGAAGAUUAUCUGGUACGGCGAGCGCCUAGUCUGGUGGCUUGACGUUCUCUGUCCUACAGAGCCUGAAAUGAAGGUCCUCUCCAACGCCUUUGGCAUCUACCCACUCACCGCAGAGGACAUUAUGCUACAGGAGGCCCGUGAAAAGGUGGAACUCUUCUCGCAUUACUAUUUCGUCAACUUCCGGUCCUUUUGUUAUGACCAUAACAGCGAAAACUUCUGGAAACCCGUCGAGAUAUAUGUCGUCAUCUUCAGAGAAGGUGUCCUCAGUUUCCACUUCUCCAAGACACCGCACCCUGCUAACGUUCGUCGUCGAAUUCGUCAACAGUGGGACUACUCGAUCUUGUCGUCUGACUGGAUCUCGUAUGCCAUCAUUGAUGAAAUAACCGAUGUCUUCCAGCCCUUAAUACAGGAUAUUGAGGAUGAAGUGGAUGAGAUUGACGACGCCAUUCUGAGGCUGCACUUGUCUGCUGAUAAGCGGCUGAAGGAGGAUAGUUCUAAACCCGACGACGCAUUUACCACCUUUGACCCCAAUAGUGAUAUGCUUAGGCGAGUGGGUGACUGCAGGAAGAAGGUGAUGGGCUUAUAUCGAUUGCUAGGAAAUAAAGCGGACGUCAUCAAGGGGGUUGCAAAGCGUUGCAACGAGCGAUGCGAGGUCUUGCCGUGGUCCAAGAUUGGCCUGUACCUCGGCGACAUUCAGGAUCACAUAGCCACCAUGACUACCAACCUCUGCAAUUACGAAAAGAUACUCGCACGAUCGCACGGCAACUAUCUCGCACAGAUCAACAUCCGCAUGAAUAGGCGCCAGGAACAGACGGCCGACGUCCUAGGCAAGCUUACAGUUCUUGGAACUAUCGCCCUCCCAAUGAACAUUAUCACCGGUCUAUGGGGCAUGAACGUCUGGGUGCCCGCCCAGGAGUACGAAGGUGAUCUUACCUGGUUCGCCUGGAUCACUGCUGGCCUACUAUUUUUUGGAGUGGAAUGCUAUUUGAUUGCCAAGAGGGUAUACAAUAUUGUGUAG